CGCCGCCUACCUUCAGCCGUUUACCCCAACUCCAUAACCCCCCAAAAACCAAAAAAUCAACCGAAUCCCAAGCCCCCCAAACCCUCCGCUCCCUUGCCAAGAAAUUCCUCCCCUUCCUCAACCGCGCGCUAUCCCUUCUCCCCAAACGCCUCGCCGACCCCUCAAAGUUAGAUGACGAAUUUGCCCUCGAACUCUUCGAUAUUUACCGGCUUUACCUCGACUGCCUGGCCGCCGUGUCCCCUGUGUUGUCCGCUUCGCCGUGCUCGUUUCACUCCCAGAGGGGGAGGAUGGUGAGUUGCCUGGUGGCAUGUGGGCGGUACGAGGAUGCGGAGAGUGAGUGGUUUAGGGUUUUGGAGAGCCUUAAGGCGAUUGAAUUUGGGUCGAAGAAAUCGGUGAAAUCGGACCGGAGAUUUGUGCCGGAUGUGAAAUCGGACCGGAGAUUUGUGCCGGAUGAUAUGACUCCCGAGGAACAAUAUAUAUUGCAUUUGCCAAUAGUCCAAUAUUUUUGAAUCUAUUUUGUUGUUCUAAUUAAUACAGAGGAGGCAAAGGCCAAGGCCGAGGAAGAGUUUUGGAAACAAAUACGCACUGCCCCUUAUGAAAUUACCGAGGUUUUCCAAAGGCUGGUUCUUUUCAAGCAUAAAGCGUAUCCGCAGCCUCCCAUCAUCAGUGUUAAUCCCACUAACAAGGAGGUUUUUAACAUUAAUGUGCUAGAGUGGAAGUGGGUGUUAUUUUUACAUUUCAAGCCUGGACAAUGUUUCUGAUCAAGAAAUUUCAUGUCUCAAAGAAGUGUAUGAGGGAAUCGAAGAGCGUAACGAGUGUGUGAUUGUGUGGAUCCCUGUUGUUGAGGACUGGACUGAAGGAGGAGAAGAGCAGUUUAAGGAAUGGAGGUCUAAGAUGCCAUGGUACGCGGUGCAAUAUUUUUCGCCCCCGGCCAGUGGGUACCUUGAGCAGCGGUGGAACUUCAAAGGUAAUCCUAUGGUGGUGGUGAUGAACUGGGAAGGAGAGGUGGCAAUCAGCAACAUAAUCGACUUGAUUCGGACACAAGCAACGAAGGCAAUCGCUUUGCUUAACGUUAAAAUGCAAAAAGAAAUACCGCGGGUGGAGGCUGCGCAAUCCUCAUUUGGAACGAAUGCUGAAGCUGUGGAGGUGUUGAAGAGCUUAACUUGUCCUCGGCAAUUCACUAAUACUGAUGCGACGCCUGUCCUUCUUGAUGGUUCUAACAAGCAGGUUAAUAUCGACAAUGAGCUGAAGUGGAAGGAUCUGUUUUGUUACUCUCCGACAUAGGCAUUGAUUAUUGUUACAUUUCAUAUCUCAAACCAGUUUAUGAGGGAAUAAGAAGAUACCCAUCGUAUCGGAUUGUCUGGGUUCCCGUUGUGGAGCAGUGGAACCAAGACAAAG